CCGUACCCAGGUCUUCACACUGGACCCUGGGUACGAGAACUAAAUCCAACAUGGCGGCACCCAAGCAGUAAACAAAACGAGAGUUGUGGAUUUAACCGUUGUAUGACGCUCAUUGCUCGGCAAAUGCAGUCUACUUUAACUGAUGCCAUGCCGGAAGAACCUAGAAUACGAGGCACGUGCCAGGACAUGUGCCCGGAGCUGGAACAAACUGCGUAAACGGCAGAGACAGAAGCGUCUGCACAGGUUUGAAAUGUUGGAGGGAACAGAACACAACAGACUGCCGUCAGCUGACCCAGUCAGGUGUGUGAAGGAGUACUCCCGUCCUGCAGCUGGGAAGGAUGUCAUCCCACCUGCUGAACUCAGGCCUCCACAGGUGCUGAUGGGCACUGUGGACUACCUGAUCAACAGAAUCUUGCCAAGAGAUGAUGUGCAUUUCACUGAGGUCUACAACUUCAUCUCGGACCGUCUCCGUGCGGUACGACAGGACAUGGUGGUGCAGAGGGUCAAAGGUCACACCUGUGUCGCCAUCCUGGAGAAGGCUGUACGAUUCCAUGUGUAUGCUGCAUACAGAUUGUGUGAGUCCAGUGUUCAGCAGUUUGAUCCCCAUCUGAACAACCAACAGUUAGAGAACUGUCUAACAUGGCUGCUCAGGGAGUACAAAGAUGACAGUACAGGGGUUGUCUAUGGUAACAGGGCCUGCAUGGAGGCACUGUACCUAAUGCACUGUCUGGGGUCCCAUGAUGCUCUUCAACAUGGACUGUCCUUGCCAAAGUCUAUAAGGGAAUGCCAGGUAGUGCAGGUGGCCCUGCGGCUGCACAUGGCGCAGCUGCGAGGAGACUUUGUGCAGGUGUUUAGGCUGGUCCAACAGCUGCCCUACAUUCACAGCUGUGCUGUUCACAGACAUCUGGCUCUUGAACGCAGCCGUACUCUCCUGGUGAUGAACUCAGCUUACAGCAGUAAAGUCUGUAGAUAUCCCAUCAGCCAUCUCCAGUGCCUGCUGGGCUUUGAUGAUGAAGCAGAGACUGCUGAGUUCUGCAGGCAGCAUGGAUUAAAAGCAGUGGACAGCUAUGUGGCUUUCAAGAAAGCUGACUUCUCUUUCCCAGAAAAGGCCAAGCCAAAGUUCUCCCAGUGUCUUGUGGAUGACAAACUACAGGAAUGCACCCUGCCAGACAUCAUCCAUGGGAAAACUGAUGUACUCUGUGAUAGCAACUCUUUACAUCCACCAUCAGCAACAGACAAACACUUGGAUUCUGAAGUGUACUGUACUGAAGGUGGUCAGCUUGAACCCCUAACAGGGGCCAUGCAAACCCUUUCCCUUACAUCUGAAGCAAAGCCAGGUGGCUGCCCUACUGUGAAUGCAUAUCAGGAUUCAGGACAACCUACAGAAGAGCAGAUUUUAAAAGAAAACCAAGUCCAUGCUUUGGCUACAAAAGAACAUAGACAUCCGAGUGGUACAUUGUCGACUGCUUGUGAAUCAGGAAGUUCACCUGCUUCUUCUGGGAAAGAAAAGGACAUGAAAGAGAGCGUAGGACGUCCGUGGAGUAGAGGGAGGGGGAGAGGGGGUGUGUGGAGAGGGGGAAGGUGGAGGGGCAGGGGGAGGGGUAGAGGUAGAGGAGCGGACUUGGGGGUAUAGGCAUAGCCUGCCCUGGGCUUUUAAACCACAACCUUAAACCACGUAAUGGCAGCUACCUCUGAGAUUUGCUGUAAAGCAUCAGGGUUCAGUGAAGAGGAUGUGCACUUGUUGUAAUAUGAUGUGUUUAAAGCAUGGCGGGUAUUGGUUGGUGAAGGCAGUCUUGUGACUGUGAAGUGUUGCUGAAGAAUACAUUUUGCACUAAUAUUGGUGAUUUAUUUAAGAUUCUCUUGAUAUGCUUUUAAAUAUCAGUGUGCAAAGAGUUGUGAAGUUAGUGACAAUGGUAGCUUUAAGUCAAGAAAAAUCAAACACAACUUUCUUAAUCAGUAUGGAUGGUUUAUUGUGUAUUAUCUUAACACUUAAUUUUGUAUAAAAAAUAUUGAUCAUGUACAUAUUGAAAUUA